GGUAUGACGAAUCUUUUCCGCGCCGCAGCAGAAAGUUUGUUAUUUUUCCGCACCACCACUCCGAUGGCCAAUAUUUGCCUAGUUGAGACAAAUUGCAAUCGAUCGAUUAAACACUAAUUAGGUACAGAGGGACACGUUCUGGUGCAGAAACACUUUCGUAAGGCCAGUUCACUCCGGACUAUCGGAUGAGCAAAAUGAGCAAAUCACCGUCCUCGGACACGGCCAGCGAAUCCCUGAGCGUUAGCGACGAAUCAAUUGCGGCAUCGGUGGCCAGCUCCAUGAAAGCGAAUUCCCCGACCACCGCCACUAGCAGAUCGGCUGGAGGAAAAACGGCGAAGAAAGCGCCGAAGGAGGAACCAAAGGAACGGCCCCCAUGGCGUCCGGCAAGUGUCACCCUGAAGGCUGGUGCCGCGAAAAAGACCGAUUUGCGAGCGAGAAUUUUGGACAUGUCCAGAAGGUUGCGUCGCGUGAACGCGUCCGUCCAAACGGAUCCGAUCCAUACCAAGCUGAUGAAGGAAAUGUCCACCGAUAGGCCGACCGAUUUGAUCCCGAUGGUGGACGAGGCGAUUUUAACAGAUGGACAAGUUCUGGUCCGAGAGGUUGGGAAAUUGAUCAUGUCCCAUUCCGUGGCGCAGAUGACAGAUGGUGUUCCAGUGAUGGAGGUUGCUACGCAAACAGAACUUCCCCGGAGCAGUGUCUCGUUCGGGAAGUUUCUUGAGGUGGAUUCAAAGCUGCAGCUGAAUCAACCAGAAACCACCAGUUUUGGGGAGUUGAUGCAAAUCGACGCUAAAAUCAAGCAAAUGUUUCCGGAGCUCGAUCAGGAGAGCAAAGAUGGAAGGGAUAAUCCGAUGGAUGCUCCAAGUGUUACGAAUAGUUUGAAAGAGCAAAACACACCCAACUUGUUGGCAGCUUCUUCCCAGGAGCCAACGACGCACAAAGGGCGACUCCUGGAACCACCGGCAUUCAACGCUUGGCAGAAUCUGGACUUCUCCGAUGAGGAAUGUGAGAACUACAUUGGCCGAGAACUACCGAGACGUUCCGUUGGAGACAUCGAUCGGCCGUGGAAUGAUUUCAAAGAUCUGAUACUAGGAAGACGCAUCGCGAAUAUGCGCCUUUCUCCGAUUCCUCCACGCAAACAUCGACCAAACAAGAAAACCGUUACCUGGAGUGAUACGCAGAGGCGAGCAGUUUCCGAAUUGGUCGAAGGAGCCACGGCCCUGAUGGACAUGUUUGACGAAGUUUCUCUGCUGCUGGGACCGGACAUCAAAUUUCACGUCAUGCCACCGGAAGAAGACUUCAAACUACCCCCGCCCAAAUGGGCACCCCUGCUGGACAAAUCCUGCGAUCUACUGGAAGAGAAACUAGCACAGGUAAAGCACAUUGAGGAUGUACAUUUUGAUAAAGUUCAGUUGAAACAGCCAUUCUCCUUCACCCCUCCGAUGGGAAUCGACAUUGAGGCGAAUUUGUAAAAACAGUAAUAAAACCACCUAAUUUUAAGGUUCGUUUAUUGAGAUUUUAUUUUUAAUUUACAAACUUAACAGACGUUGUUGUUCUUUGUAUCUAAUUAACUCGUAAAAUUAAAAGUAAUAAAUCCUACCGAUAGAACAA